GCCGGAGCCCGGCGGAGAGUGCUCGGCUGGUGCCGCCUGCGCCCCGAGCACAGCCCCUGCGGGCGGAGGCCGUCUAACCCUGCCAGAAGGAUGCUGGAGAGCGGCUGCAAGGCGGUGAAGGAGGGCAUGCUGGAGAAGAGGAGCGACGGGCUGCUGCAGCUCUGGAAGAAGAAGCGCUGUAUCCUCACCGAGGAGGGGCUGCUCCUCAUCCCCCCCAAGCACCCCCCGCAGCAGCAGCAGCAGCAGCAGCCGGCUCCGCCGGCCGAGCCGACGGCCAAGAUCAAGGAGCUUCACUUCUCCAACAUGAAGACGGUGGACUGCGUGGAGCGGAAGGGCAAGUACGUGUACUUCACGGUGGUGAUGGCCGAGGGGAAAGAGAUCGACUUUCGGUGCGCCCAGGAGCAGGGCUGGAACGCGGCGAUCACGCUGCAGAUGGUGCAGUACAAGAACCGCCAGGCCAUCCUGGCCGUGCGCUCCACCCGGCAGAAGCAGCAGCACCUGGCGGCUCCCCACGGGCCGCGCCUCCGCGGCGCCUCCAACUCCGCCUAGCGCAGGUUGCGUUCACGGAGCGCUUCGGAGAAGAGGGACAGAGCGCGUUCGUGGCGGACCUGCUCCUGGGGCUCAGAAACUGGGCAAACGCCGGAGGUGCAGGUAGAGCGGAGAGAAGCGGCUCAAUAGCCUGAACCUCAGCCAGCUGCUGCUGCUGCUUUGCCGCCCUCGGUGCCGAGAAGCAUUUCAAAUCCAUUAUUUAUGAACCUUGGAAAGGAUCCUUUGGUGCGAUGGGACUUCUAGGAGACAUGAUGUACUGUAACUUUAUUUUAAUGUAUUUUAUUUUAUUUAUUAGGUUUGUUUUCUUUUGGUUUUGUUUUCCUCUUUAUUUUUUUCAAGGCUUAUUUGCAAGACAUUUCUGAAUGUAGGCCAUAUCAAAAAAGUAAAGGUAAAAACAAUAUGCAUGUUAGCUCCCUAAAAGUACAGAAAAGUUCUGGGUAUUUUGACUGUGUGCAAUUUGACAAAAAAGUUUUUCAUUUUUACCCAAAAUACACUGUAUUCCACCAGAAUGGAAAAUGUGAUGUGUGUUUCAAAAUUUGGCUGAAACCCAUACUGCAUAUGAAACCUAUUUUCUCUAAUGAGAGCAACAAUUAGAGUCUGGGGCUUAAAUUAUUUUUUUUUUUUUUUUUUAAUAAUAUUAAAUGUGGUGGAGGAUGAUAAGAAGUGAUUCAUGCUUGGCUAUUCAAAAAGGUAAUGCCGCUUGUCGUUCUGAGAUUAAAACCAAUCUGUUUAGUGUAUGAGCGGAAGGAAUCUGACCAACUUCUUUUGUGGUACAGGAAUCUGAGUUGGAUUCCAGCUGUCUUUGUGGUGUGCUUGCUCCUAGGCUGGUGGGCCAGAGCUGGGAAGUGUUCAUGAAUGUUUCUUAGCGUUCAGGAUCAGGGCUCCCUCUGCACGCUCAGUUUUUAAGUGAUCUGAACUCUCAACUUGUGUUGCAUUUUCAUGGCAUUUUUUAAUGUCUUGCAUUAAAGUAGUUCGUAGUUUAAAAAUCCAUUUUAUGUAUGUCUUAGUGUGCAAAUGGAUUAUUUUGGUCACAGUUUUCAUAAGCUGAAAGUUGCUCUCUAGCUGAGAUGAACUAGAUUAAUUUUGGUGUUUAGCACUGUCAGAUGUUGAGAGAGGCGUGCCAUCUUGCCUCUAAAAACGUUGAUGAAGCCAUGAAGUUGGAAAACAAAGGGCUAAUUGCACAGCUGGUGUGUGUUUCUGUGCCUCUUAAAAGUCAGUGGGAGUUUGGCUGCCGAUGCUGGCGGGAGCGGGUCGGAGCUCCUCGCCCAGCGCAGAGGACAGAGUCGGGCGUGGGCGGUGAGCUUUCUAGGACAGGGCCCUUCUGACAAUGGGUGCUGCUACUGCCCAGGUUCUCUGGUUUAAAUGAAAUGGGGAGGCUGCAAGUGGGAUAGAGCAAUGUGGCCCAUAAUCUCUGGUCCAAGCUAAAAAUGUCAAAGCCAUGGAGAUAUUUAUUGUAGCUAGUGUGGUGAGGAAAAUGGCUUUUGGUCCCUUUGCAAUUUACAUUAAUAUAGACAAAAUCUUUUAAAGCUACACAUUCAAGGCUUUUCUUUCAGUGUAAAUGAGGUAGCGUGACAUCAAGAGCCUUACAUUCUCGGUGCAAGCUUAUUUCUGUAAGUGUUUAAAGCAAAAAGCUGGUGUGUUACUCAAAGGAAGAUUUUAAUAUUCACUACUGUGAACGGUGUUGGUCUCUUCCUCUGCACUCCAAGAUUAAGCUCAGUCCUGUAAGGAGUAAGCUGAGGUGUGUGUUAGCCCUUGGCUUUUGUUCCUUCCCCCAGGUGUCAGGGUCACAUACCUAGAUGAGCAAAAUCCAUGUCAUGGUGUGGAAUCAAAGCCCUGACGAUCCUGUGUAGUUACUCCUGAGCGCUGCUUCUCGACCUGGCCCUUGACAAGGCUGUGUGAUGAAUUUGGGGUGGUAGAUUACAGCUGUCCUAACAAAGUCAUUAUUUUGCGAUUAAUUGAAAUCCAAGGUGCCCCGCAUCUUCUAGGAUUAGGUUCGCUGGCUUGGCAAUCUUAGUACUCAGUUUCCAUGUCUCUGUACAUCUGCCAUUAUCAUUCUGCUAACACUUGGAUGUUAGAGCUGCAAGGGGAUGCUCUAAUGAGCUAGUCAAAGACUCACAAAAUAGACUGUAAUUUGUAAUUUGGAUCCACUAUUUGGAGUGAUUAAUUACAGUUUACUGAGAAACUAAUCCACAUUUUCAGGUAUACAGACGUAUUGCUGAUCUCACCUACUAAAACGCAUUUUAGCCUAGUCAAGGAUAAAUGUGACUGAUGAGAAUUAAUUCCUAUUUGAUCAGAGACACAUUUCCCUGAAAGAGGCAGUUAUUCUUGACCUCAGUGGAUGCAAGCCUCUGAAAGCUACAAGUCUAUGGAUGUAGUCUAAAGCUGAAAUUUUACUGUUCUUCUGUAAGUACUUUUACAUUGAAAGCUAAAGAUAAUAAUUUUAGUGAGAAAAUUGACUUGAAGGUAUGAAGAAAUUACUUUCUUUUUAAAUUUGCUGUUUCUUUUCACUGAUUCAAGGUCAAUACCCCACUUUCAUGUUUCUUGCUUUAAGUUGGUCCGAAGGAUGAUCUGGAAAUCUUUUGGACUGAUGUAGUUCAACAAACUUUUGUUGCUUGUCAUUGCCUACUGUGUUACCUGUUUAAAAAUUUUGGUGUCAGCCAGCCUCCUUGUGUGAGAGGUGAUCACAUCACAAAAUACACCUUGACACCUCCAGCCUGAGUGAGUGGGAUGAGUGUAAGGAUCAAACUUUCUCCUUGUGUCUCUGAACUGUCUCCUGGAAAAUGAAUGGGAACAAAUUGGCUGGGGUCCCCUGGGGACAGUCGGACUGUGGUGCUCAUGCCCUGUCAGUAUAAAUAAAGCUAAAUUGUCUGAUGGGGACAGUCUGACAGCUUUCUCACGCUCUGAAUUCCACAGCGUGUGGUGUUUUUCGAGUUUUGGGUUUGUUUGGGUUUUUGUUGUUUUUUUUUUCCCUUGACUGAUAGUAAUUUUGGACCAAGAAAUCAUUCGAUGUUAUAAAAGGUACUUCUGGGUUUUUUUUUCAUUUUGCCCCUCUAUGACUGCAUAGUCUUUGUUUGAAUGUCUGGAUUUAAUACUGUCUGUUACUGCCUUGUAAGCAAUGGCUAUGAAAAUAGGUUCAGCACAUUGUGCUCCAUCUUAUUGGAGCUUUGCAAGUAAAUAAAUCCAGUUGUCCUUCCUCUUCCAAAAAAAAAAGAAAAAGAAAUCUUACAGCACAUGGCUGAAAUAAGCUCAUUAAACAAAAAACACACACGGCAAAUGCUUGGUAUAGAUAGAGAAAGUGGGGUCAGUCUGUCCAUAAACAGGUCAAAAUUACUUGUUUUAAUUUAAAAAAAAAAAAAAAAGUAAUCAAGGGGAAGAUUCAGCAAGAAAAUCGAAGCUGUGGUGACCAAGGCAAUUUAAGAACUGGGGGGAAAAGGAAGAUCAAGUGGAUGUUGUUUCUGUGACAUCCUGAAGUAAUUCCUCUUUUUUAAGGUUCAUGAUAUUCAAAUGCCAGCUUCUUAAUUAUAGCUGCAGUGAUGUAUGAAAUGUUUUCUAGCAUAUCCUCUUGUGAGCAGAAAUACCGGUGUCGUCAAAAAAAAUUUGUGUGUAAAUAUGACUCAUAAAUGAUUUCUGAGAGAUGUGAUUUAUUUUUCAUAUUUUUCAAGAUACAUUCCAUUUCAAAUAAAGAGGUAUCUAUUGAAAGAGCUCUCAA